CCUUUGGUCCUCCAGAGCUGCCGUAGCUGUCAUGGCGCUCCUUCUGGCUGCAGUAUUCGCUGUUUUAAUUCUAUGUUUGUUGUUUAUUUUCCGGUUGUUUACCACCGUGAAGGCUGGACCGAGCUAUAAACCUGGAGCUAAAGGUCCGCUUGUUGUUCUCAUCGUUGCAGGAUCAGGUGGUCACACCACAGAGAUCCUGCGGCUGGUGGAGAGUUUGUCUGCUGCCUACUCUCCCAGACAUUAUGUCAUCGCUGACACCGACACAAUGAGCCAGGACAAGAUCUGCUGCUUUGAGAGCUCCAGACAACAAUCUGACUCUGAGUCUCAGUUCACCAUCUGUCGGAUCCCUCGGAGUCGAGAGGUUCAUCAGUCCUGGAGCUCCUCCGUCAUCAGCACCUUGGAUGCUUUACGGUUCUCUCUUCCUCUGGUGUUCAGACUCCAACCUGACAUGGUGCUGUGUAACGGCCCGGGGACCUGUGUCCCCCUGUGUGCUGCAGGACUCCUGCUUGGAGUUCUGGGAAUAAAGAAAGUCUCGAUAGUUUUUGUUGAGAGUAUUUGCCGUGUGCAGACGCUGUCGCUCACUGGGAAGAUCCUCUAUCCAGUAUCAGACUACUUCUUCGUGCAGUGGGCGUCUUUGAGAGACAAAUACCCCAAAUCCAUUUUCCUUGGAAGAAUAGUGUGAAAACAUCUGGUACACACAUGUAGAAAUAACUAUUGUAAUGUUUGCUGGGGGUGUUCAUGAAUAAAAGCUUUAUUUUCUA